CUGCGCGCUUCAACAGCUGUUCCUAAUCGAGGUAAAAAAACAUAAAAAUGGAAAAUUUCAACUCGAUUGAAAUAGCAGAUUCUGACGAGGAUUCGCCGAGUGAAGUUGGCGAUACAAUGGAUACAAUGGAUCCGAAGCGCUGCGCCACACCACCGACAUCGAGUUCAGCCAAAGCUGCAAACGAACACACCCCUAAAACAACAAAGACCGCUAAGGAACCGGAUUCGGCGACCAGCGGGAAACCCUCGCUUUUGAGCGACUCUACCUCACCCUCCUCCUCGACUGAUGGCAAGAGCGGUCGCCACAGGUCCAGAAAAAGCCAGCUCCAGGCCAAACGAAUGAGUCCCACUGACCUCCAAUUCGAGACGAUUCCGGGGGAAGAGGGUUCAGAGGCGCCGCCUGCCAAGCAUCCCAAACUGGAGAAGGACGCUGCGCUUAAAAAGGAGACAAUGAAGGCGUCUAUUGCCAAACUCCUGGCCAACGAUGAGAUUCAGGAGCUGAUUAAGCGGAUCGCCAGGGAACGGGUACGAUGCAAUUUCCUGCUGGCUACAUACCAGCUCCCAGAUAUGAAUUUCGCCCUCAACACACCACUGGAGACACUUUGCUUCCAGUUCCGGGAGCGCAUAAAACAGCGAAGGGGAAACGCCAGUCCCUCAAAGGCAGCUUCAAGCACCUUGGCCGGUGCUGCUGCCCCCUCUACUGCAACCGCAUCAAAAGUGUCUGGCAAAGGUAUUGUUAAGGCACGACAGCCUCAAUCCUAACGCUGAUUUAAUCCAUAAGAUACACUACUUAAGAACUUGGGAUUUUAAUAUAAAAAGUAUAAGUAAGUAAGUAAGUGUUGAAAUAUGAUUACGUUUUACUACUAUGAAGAUUGUAACUAAUUUGAAUAAUAUUAUGUCUUAUUAAAUAUAGAAAACGGUAUUAUCUGUCUAAA